UUUCUGGCGGUUCAAGAUCUCCAAAUCCGCCUGCUGCCUCGGACCCGGACAACCUGCGGCUCCGAGCGCUCGAGCCGUCUAGGAGCCCCUCGGGACGACUGAGCUCCUCCAAGGAAAUAUUUGGUCCUUGAAUCUUCGAGAGCGCUCAGUCAAUGGCUGGUGAGCAGGGCCAGAACUUGGUUUGCCCCGGGCCCCAGCCUUGCACAGGACACACUAGACCCCGGCCCUGCAAGUUGCGAUGAGCCUGCUGCUCCUGGUCCUGCUGCUCCCGCUGCCCAGCAUCUCUGGACUGCCCUUCUACAACGGCUUCUACUACUCCAACGGUCCCCACGGCCAGCACCGGGGCAACGGCUACGGCGAAGGCCUCUUCAAUGGAGUGAAGCUGGUGGUGGAGACGCCCAAGGAGACCUUGUUCACCCACCGGGGGGCCAACGCCACCCUGCCCUGCCGCUACGGCUAUGAGCCGGCCCUGGCCUCCCCAAGGCCGGUGCGCAUCAAGUGGUGGAAGCUGUCGGAGAACGGGUCCCCGGAGCAGGACGUGCUGGUGGCCAUCGGGCUGAAGCACCGCUCCUUCGGGGACUACCAAGGCCGAGUGCACUUGCAUCAGGACAAGGAGGGGGAGGCUUCCCUGGAGAUCCGGAACCUGAGGCUGGAGGACUCCGGGCGCUACCGCUGCGAGGUCAUUGACGGGCUGGAGGAUGAGAGCGGCCUGGUGGAGCUGGAGCUGCGGGGCGUGGUCUUCCCCUACCAGCCCCCCCAGGGGCGCUACGAGCUCAAUUUUUAUGAAGCCCAGAGGGCCUGCGAGGAGCAGGAUGCAGUGGUGGCUUCCUUCGAGCAGCUCUUCCGGGCCUGGGAGGAGGGCCUGGACUGGUGCAACGCCGGCUGGCUGCAGGACGCCUCGGUGCAGUACCCCAUCACGUGGCCCCGGCGACCCUGCGGAGGCCUGCACCUGGCGCCUGGCGUGCGCAGCUACGGCCCCCGCCACCGCCGCCUGCACCGCUAUGAUGUGUUCUGCUUCGCCCCUGCCCCGAAGGGGCAGGUGUACUACCUGGAGCACCCGGAGAAGCUGACCCUGCCAGAGGCCAAGCGGGCCUGCGAGGAGGACGGCACCCAGAUCGCCAAGGUGGGCCAGCUCUUCGCUGCCUGGAAGUUCCGCGGCCUGGACCGCUGCGAUGCUGGCUGGCUGGCGGACGGCAGCGCACGCUACCCGGUGGCUCACCCCCGUCCCAACUGCGGGUCCCUGGAGGCCGGCGUCCGAAGCUUCGGUUUCCCAGACCCUCUGAGCCGCCAGCACGGGGUCUACUGCUACCGCCAGCGCUAGAACCCGGCAGCCAGCUCCCCGCCCCCCACGCCUGCCCAUCCCCUCCCGGGCUGCAUAUUUAUUGAGUGGUUCAUUUUCCCUUGAGUGUUGGGGCAAUUUUAUACUAUUUUUAUGCUUCUCAACUUGGACUUUUUAAAACGAUUACUAUUCUUGGUAAACCCAACAGAAUCCAAAUCCUCCCUCUGCGUAGCUGGACACCCCCAAGGCUCUCUCCAUCCUGGAAUCCCUCUGCCCAACUCCUCUGGACCCUUAAGGUUCGGGGACUUUUAGAGGAGUUCUGCUGUCACUGAGUCAGGCCCCUCUCUCGAGGGGGCAGUGGCCCGCCCACGGUGCCCCUGUGAGUGGGGGCAGAGCCUGGCCUACAUCUUGGGUCCCCCCUCCCCCACUGGUGCCUGCAGCUCUCUCCACCUCAGCCUGGGGGAGGGAGAGGGCAUCCAGGGGACAUGGGCUCUGGAGCCGGCCACUGGGCCUUGCCGUCUCCCUGCCCCCUGGGACUUCUCUGUGAAGCUGCUGGCCCAAAUCAGCCCUGCUGAGAAGCUAGGGCUGGAAGUGAGUCCCUAGGCUUUUGUGUGAAAUCCAAGGGGAGGGUCAAAGCCCUCUCCCCAUUCUCCCUUCUCUUGGUUCCAAAGACUCUGUGUUUUGUUCUGUUUUCCCCAUUUGGGGAGCGUCCCUCAGGUGUGUGUGUAUUUUCUUUGGAUAAUAAAUGGUGCUAUGACUCCUUCCUCUA